AACCAAAGUCAAACAACCACAUCACUACAUAUAAAACUUCCACACCCUUCCCCACACAAAGAUUAAACAUUUUCCCGGAAAAUUUCUCUACUUUCCGGCAAUCUUCCUAUGCAUCAUCAACUCAUUUUACUUCUGCUUUUCGUGUCCUCCCAAGUUUUAGCACAGCCUCCCUCCACCCCGGAUGGCAUGCCGUCACCGGAUUCCUCCUCUUCCGGCUCCAAUUUCCAACCGAGCCUCGCGGUGGUCAUCGGCAUCCUAGCCAUUAUGUUUUCAUUAACAUUCAUGCUUUUGGUGUACGCAAAGUUCUGUCACAGAGGGGCAUCUGUUCACAACAAUCAUCAAAAUCUGGACGGAUUUUUAAGAUCAGGGUCUCGAUUCUCGGGAAUUGACAAGACAGUUAUCGAAUCACUCCCCUUUUUUAGAUUCUCUUCGCUUAGAGGGUCGCGGGAAGGUCUAGAAUGUUCAGUCUGCCUCUCAAAAUUCGAAGAUAUCGAAGUUCUACGGUUGUUGCCUAAAUGCAAACAUGCUUUUCACAUCGGUUGUGUUGAUCAGUGGCUGGAAAAGCACUCAAGCUGUCCUCUCUGUAGGCACAAGGUCAGCGCGGAUGACCUUGCGCUAUCGACAUACUCGAAUAGCUUGAGGUUCUUGUGGAACAACAGCCAGUCAGAGCUACGAGAGGACUCGAAUGUCAACCUCUUCGUGCAGAGAGAAGAAGAUCGCGCGCACGGGUCCUCAAGAUUUAGCAUUGGAAGCAGUUUUAGGAAAGGCGAAAAGGGUAAGAUGGAAGAUGAAUUGCCAAUCCAAGAAAAUUGUUACGACCACGAAGCUGAUGAUCUUAAUAAUGAAUUUUUACAUAAAUUCAAUCACAAGAUUAUUGUAUCUGAUGGGGUACUGAAAAACAGGUGGAGCAACGUCAGCUCCUCUGACCUCUUGUUCUUGAAUUCAGAGAUGCUCGUUGCUACUUCAAGCGAUAGAUUCCCUUCGUUGGAACUGAGUGAUGAAGAUCAAAUUAUGAAGAUUAAGGACGAGAUGGAGAGGAAAAGGGUUUUUGAAAACAGGGUUGGUAAAACUAAUCAGGGUAGUGAUUCAAAAGCCGAUUCAAGUAGUGGAUCGAAAGUUUUGUAUCCGACUGAGAAGAGAUCGAUGUCAGAGAUAACGGUUCAUCCAAGAUUCAGAGAAUUGAGUAUGAAGAACAGUGUUAGAGAAUCUUCUCUCCCUGAAAAUGCUGCAAAGGAGGAGAGAUUGAAGAGGCUUUGGUUGCCGAUUGCCGGAAGAACAGUUCAAUGGUUUGCUGCUAACAGAGAAAUGAGGCCUCAACAGUCACAGAACACAAGACAACAAUUAAAUGUAUAGGAUGAUUUCAACCAUGGCUUCUCAAACUUUGUAUUUACUGAAAAUGCAUAGAUCUUUGUUGAGAUACACACUGUUUUUUUAGUAUAAAAAAAGAGCGACAUAGUGCACGAGACUUCUGCUAAAACUGCAAAAAUGGGAUCUAAGGAGGGCAAGAUAUAUGCAACCUCGAUUGUAUUUCUGGAAGAGGUUGUUUCCGAGUACGAAUUGCAUUUUUGGUGUUUGAAACAUUUGCGUUCCUUCAAAGGGACACAUACCCAUUUCGCCAAAUCAUGUAAUUAAUCAAAGAAAAAGUUUUAAUUACUUUCUUAAUUCA